UGGAGAGAAAUGCCCAAAACUGAUAAUAAUUUAGAUCUCACAAAAGAAACCUCUGAAGAGUUAGUCAACUUCCAUGUCUGUUGGACCAUAAACUUGCUGCUGGAGGUCUUCCUGAGAAAGAGAUCUAAUCUGGGUGUGCCGCCAUGUCUGAUAUAGUGAAAGAAGGAUGGAGGAAAUAUCUAAUCCAACUCCAAAUCAACCCACUCAGGACCAAGGCAAUUACGGCUGGGUGUUUAAUCGGAUGUAGCGAUAUAAUUGCUCAGAAGAUUUCUGGAAUCAAAAGACUCCAACUAAAAAGACUCAUUCUUCUUAUGCUCUAUGGUUUGGUCUAUUCAGGACCUUUUGGCCAUUUCUAUCACAAGUUGAUGGAUUUGAUUUUCAAAGGGAAGAAGGGUAACUCAACUGUUGUAAAGAAGGUUUUGUUAGAACAAUUAACUUCUUCUCCUUGGAACAAUAUACUGUUCAUGACAUACUUUGGCCUGAUUGUUGAAGGACGGUCUUGGGGACUGGUGAAGAACAAGGUUCGCAAUGACUAUCCAUCAAUUCAAUUGACUGCCUGGAAGUUUUGGCCGAUUGUUGGGUGGAUCAAUUAUCAAUACAUGCCUUUACAGUUGCGAGUGCUGUUUCAGAGUGUUGUUGGUUCAUGCUGGGCAAUCUUUCUUAAUUUGAGAGCAAGAUCCAUCACUGUCAAGAAGGCCUAGACUGGAGAAGAAAUAUUAUCACAUUACUCUAAUUUCCUCUCCUUUUUUGUUUGUAAAAAAAUAAUUGAUCUUCAUGAUCAAGCUAGGUUCCUUGGAUUGUUGUACCUCUUUUCCAUCUUUUUCUUUUGGUGUAUGGAAAACACAUUGCAGUUUAGAUUGGGCUAAACUUUAUGUGUCUAUUUGUCUAUAAGGGGAAGAAUUAGUGAACAAUAAUAAUGGUAUUUGAAAACUUAUUGAAGCCUAAUUU